CACAGACUUGGUGGCUGUUGGCUCCAAAAGGCUGAAUGUGAAGUUUUGGCCUCGGCUCUGAAGUCCAACCCAGAUCUGACUGAACUGGAAAUAAAUGAGAUCUACAUAAAUGAAGGUGGAGACUCUGAUAUGAAGCCUGUGGUUGAGAUCCUGGAGAGUUCAGUCAGUAAAGUGAAGAAUCUGAGAUUGAAUUACUGCAGUUUGUCAGAGACCAGCUGGACUUCUCUGUUCUCAGCUCUGAAGUCCAAACGGACCCAUCUGACAAAACUGGAGCUGAGCUGGACCAACCUGGAAGGUUCUGGAGUGAAGGAGCUCUGUGGUUUUCUACAGACUGAAGGCUGCAGACUGGAGAUAUUGAUAUUGAGGGACUGCAGUUUGUCAAAGACCAGCUUUGAUUAUUUGGCCUCAACUCUGAAGUCCAACCCGACCCGUCUGACAUAUCUGGACCUGAGAUACAACAACCUGAAGGCUUCAGAUGUUCAGCAGCUGAAGAAUCUUAUAAAGACUGUUCAGCUGUACUGAUCUCUGUGAAGUAGAGAAUGGUCUCAGUGUCCUGCUGAUC